AUGGGCGGUUUACUUCGGGUGAAAAGAACUACCCCGCAAUCCGAUAUCGUGAUUUUGGUCCUCUUACACGUAGUUAACAUCAAGGUUUAUGUAUUAUCGCGAUAUUUUCCCAAGUCCUAGUGAUGGCGAACCAACUUCCAUCUAAUAUAUUGGUCGUUGGGGCGACAGGUACUAUUGGUAAAUACAUUACCGAGGCUAUACUCUCAGCCGGCCCCCAUGUUGGUCGUCAAGUUUCCAUCUUCACGUCGCCCGCCACAGCAUCUAGUCCAGACAAGGAGGCCCUACUAUCGUCAUGGAAGUCUCGGGGGUUAUCAGUCAUCACAGGCGAUCUUAGCAGCGCUGAUGAUGUUCGAAACGCGUACAAUGGCAUAGAUACAGUUGUCUCGUGCUUGGGAAGAAAUGCGCUAGCUAGUCAAAUUGAACUGCUAAAGCUUGCGGAAGAGAGCAACGUGCAGUGGUUUUUCCCUAGCGAAUAUGGCACGGAUAUCGAAUACGAUGCUUCUAGUAAAAAUGAAAAGCCGCACCAGAACAAGCUCAGAGUACGAGAAUUUAUCCGUGAGAAUUUGAAGAAGGUCAAGUGCACUUAUGUUGUAACCGGUCCGUAUAUCGAGAUGUAUUUGGUACUUGCGCCAGUAGCUAAAGAGGCCGGAGGAUAUGAUGCCAAGUCAAAGAAGGCCGUGGUCAUUGGAAGCGGAGACGGCAAAGUUGGUUUUACAAGCAUGCCCGACGUUGGUAAGCUAGUGGUUGCAGCUCUCCGACACCCCGAAGUAUCAACGGGGAAAGUCCUCAAAGUCCAAUCGUUUGUUACGACACCGAACGCUAUCCUGGCAGAAUUUGAGAAGCAGACUGGGUCAAAGUGGACGGUCGACCAUACACCAAACCAGAAGCUUCGCGAGAUGGAGAAUGAAAGGUGGAAUGCUAACGAUCCGAUUGCAACGCUAUACACGCUGAAGCGUAUCUGGGCUGAAGGCGGUACACUAUAUGACAAGACUGAUAAUGAGAUAUUGGGUCUCACAUCGGGAGACAUGGAACCAUUAAGCACUGUUGUAGAGAGGGCUAUCAGCGGGAAAGGAUAUUGAGGUCCGUUCUGCAUGGGUGUAAAUUAUUUCUAUAUUUGCCCAUGGUUGGCUAUCUUACAGAUAUUUCCUGGUUGUAGAUAUUCAAUAGAUGACUAGAACUCGGUAGGAUAAAUGAAACAUGACUCAUUCAUAUAUAAACCUAAAUA